GUUUCCGUUUCCACUCUCUUAAGAGAACUGCACUUUUCCCAAUUACCCUACCGCCGGUCCUUCCCUCAUAAAAACCCAUCGAAAUUCCUCGCCGGAACUCUACUCUAUCUACACUCACUUUUCAACGGACGUCAAAUGGUGGGCUCGAAGAAAUUGGGGAGAUAGUACGUUUAACAAGGAACCUCCAUCUUUGGAAGAGUUUCUAUGAAGAUUCAUAUGCUUCUCCACGUGAUAGAUGCUGUGUUGAGUGAAUGAGACAAUACUACUUCGGACUAGAAGAAGAAUCAGAAUGGUAUGCUUUGAAGUUCUAGAAGUAUGAAUUUCUAGAACAAGGGUUUUUGGAUGACGAAGGUUCCUGGGCAUGAAAAUGAUGCAAAUUCAACUUUUGACAGCCCAUCACUCUUAGACAUGAAGCGGGCACAUCACUGGUUUAUAGAUGGCUGUGAGACACAGGCCUUCCCCAACAAGAAGCAAGCAAUUCAAGCUUCAAAUAGUAAAAUGACGGGAGUGGUGUCAAAUAUUAAUGUUUUUCCUUGGGAGCAGCAUACUCCAAGUUAUCAGUCUGUUUCACAUCAACUUAUCGGUCACUUAUUUGGACCUGAAUCAGUAAGGUCUACUGACUUUGAUCGAGCUAAAACAUCUUCUGUAAUUUCGGAUAAUUUGGACCUCAGGAGAAAAGGUAUUGAAGUUGAAGACCAUUAUGGAGAGGGUGCAUCUGUUGGGUUGUCUAUUUCUCAUGGUAUGGAGGAUCCUGAAACAUCUCCUAGCUACGGAAGAAUUAGAAAAGUGAAACUCAAUCUGGUAAAAGAUAAUAUACAUGAUCUCCAACCGUGUCAUAGAAGUAAUUCUAAUAGGGAAGAUGGUGGUCAACUCACCAUGGAUAGUUAUUAUAAGGAAAUUGAAACGGGUCUUGUAUCUGUGGGAUCAGCCUAUAUUAAGGAGGAUGACAGUUUCAGUUUGAUGAAUCAAACCUCCAACAAUGGGGAUCACCAUAUUAGGUUUCUAGGUCAUAGUGGGAAGAUAGAUGACAAUGUUGUCUCCAUUGGUGAUGAUUAUGGUAAGCGGGAUGCAAAUAUAAUCUCAUUUGAUGGAUUUCCUGAUGAUCAAGAUAUUGUAUCCUUAGGCAGGACACUUGGUAGCCAUGACUCAACAUUUUAUGAACCUUCAUUCCAAGCAUCUGAAGCUGAUGGUGUCCCAGAGUUGGAAUCAUCAAGUUUCGAUGUACCUGCAAGCAGUUCUCAGAUAACGAAGCAAAAGCCUGAUAUAACGCUGAAGAAUAGACCAGAAUACAAAAUGAGGAAAGAAGCUCCUAACAGCUUUCCUUCAAAUGUUAGAAGUUUGAUAUCAACUGGGAUGCUCGAUGGUGUUCCUGUUAAGUAUGUUUCCGUAACCAGAGAGGAGCUUCGUGGAAUAAUAAAGGGAUCUGGUUAUCUUUGUGGAUGUCAAUCUUGCAACUUUUCCAAGAUGCUUAAUGCAUAUGAGUUUGAGCGGCACGCUGGCUGCAAAACAAAACACCCAAAUAAUCAUAUAUACUUUGAGAAUGGGAAAACUAUUUACCAGAUCGUACAAGAAUUAAGAAGCACUCCUGAGAGCUUGUUGUUUGAUACAAUCCAAACUAUAUUUGGUGCACCAAUCAAUCAGAAAUCUUUUCGGAUUUGGAAGGAAUCAUUUCAAGCAGCAACUCGCGAGCUUCAACGCAUAUAUGGCAAGGAUGAACUUAACCUUUAGUAGACUAGACUUCAUUGCCAGAUCUGUAAAUGCAGGAGACCAUUAGGUGGAUACUGUUCAAGGUAAUCAAAAUUUUUCUUGCCAACUGAUUGAUGAUCUGAACAAUUUCGUGGAAGUUGAAAAUAAGUGUUUCUAUCGUACUUGCACAGAUGCAUCAGUCGGUUGUUGAAAUUCAAUUUUGUACCCUGAACAAUGUGGGGGGUGUUAGAAUUUAAAUUCUUCACCUUAUUUUGGAAUUUUUGUAACCAUUUGUGUUGGAAACUACACCCACAUUGUAAAUUCUUAGCAUGAAAGCCUUACUAAACUUUCCUUUAAAUUUUGUAGCUAUAGAGUGUAUGUUUUGGGGGUUGAUAUUUGAAGACAUGGAAAUUUUAACCUUUUCUUUUGUAGUAUGUUUUUGUACAUUCUUUAGUCGAAAGUUGAACAGAUUUUACUCUGGUGGA